GCAGCUCCACUGCUCUCGCGCUGCUGAACAUCCACAGCUACGGACUGACGCACAGUGACCGGAGCCACUUGGCCACAGAAGUGAAAGGAUGUCGCCGCUGGGCUUCCGAAGCGCCGCAGAAACGGCUGGUGGUGGUCGGUGGUGAUCUGAAUUUCGACGACGGCGCUCAUUUAUCGCGUGAGGAUCCAGGGCGGACUCAGCGGCAUGGCGCUCGCACUGAUCAAGCCGUUCCGCGGCACUGGCAGCAGUUGCUUGGUUGUUUGAUGCAGAUCAAGACUGACCUCCCCGCGCGUUACGACGACGUACACCGUCUCAAAUCGUCAACGUUGGACAGGCUCUACGUCUCGGUGCCGCCCGAAGCCGUCUACGGCAUCUCCAUGCGCGCCUACCUCGCGACCGACCUGGCCACGCUUGCGGACAGAACGCUGAGCGACCAUGGCAUCCUCGUUCUGGUGCUGAGCAACGCCACGGAGCCCCUCUACGCCACUACGUUCGCGAAGGUCAUGGCGGUCACCGCGAUGCCCACUGAUCCGAUGGAGGCCUGGAAGAUCACCAAAGCCAACAUCGCCAUAGCCGCGCGCAUCACGCGCGACGUGCUGACCCGAGAGCGGUACUUCAGCACUUCUGCCCGUGCGCACUGGCGCGAGGAUGGACGCACCCUCAGCAUGUUGGUGCACUCCGCUCCGAUGCUUGCGGCCUACUUCGCGACUUCCGCAGCUGGCUGCAUCCUCUCGGACUCCGGGGGUUUCGCGGCUGCGGUUCGCGUGGCGGCCUCUGCAGUGCUCGCGUGGGACCGCCAGGCCGCGCUGGAUGACGGCCGACCCCCCGGCAUGGCUGCUGCGCUGCGCGCCCACUGGGGGCCGAUCUUCGCAGCCCAGGAGGCCCCCAUAAGCGACGUCCACAACUACAUGCACUGCCACUUCCCCAGGUUGCCAGACAUUGAGUUGCCGCUGCCAGAUAUCGAAGACAUGGAAAGGGCCGCCCGCCGCGCUCGGCCCCCAGCGCCGGGCCCUGACGGCAUCCCCUACUCAGCGUGGAUGCGGGCACCUGGCGCCCUCCAGCACCUGCACGCCGCCAUGCUUGCCCUCGUGAGCGGGGCGUGCCCUCCAGAGGGGCUCAACAACUCGUGGCUCCAAUUUGCCCACAAAGCUGCCGACGCACCCUCGGCCGCGCAGGUGGCGCGGGAGCCCGGCAAGACCCGCCGGCUCGCCCUCAAAAACUCCGACGCAAAGCUGAUGGCAGCGUCGGCCAACCACUACCUCUCGGCGGUCGCGGAGCGGCGCGUGUCGAGCCCGCAGCGCGGCUUCGUCAGGGGUCGGAACAUCCUGGAGAACGUGCGGAGGUUGGAUGCGCAGGCGCGGGCUGCCACGCUCGACUCCGCCGAGGCGCUCGCUCGGCGACGGCCGUGCCUGGUCUCUUUCGACGUGGCCGCGGCGUUCCCCAGCCUUGCUUGGGCGUGGCUCUUCGCGGCACUCCCA